AUGGGACUGGACAUACAGAUGACGCACGGUAUCACUGCGGUAACUGAGAUGUGUUGGGACUGCGAUAUGUGUCACGAUGGACAGGUCCUGGAGGGGCCAAGCAGGGAUGAGACAGUUUUGGACCCACUGGUCAGUAGCAAGAAAGAGCUGCUGGGGGAAGUGGUACUGGAGGGCAGCGUUGGCUGUAGGGACCAUGAAAGAGUGAUGGUCAAGAUCUGGGGGAAAGCGAGUUUGGAGGAUUAUGAAGAAACAGUAAAGAAGGCUAAAGAGGCGUGGAAGGUCUGGGCUGAUAUCCCUGCACCUAAGCGUGGAGAAAUAGUUCGACAGAUUGGUGAUGCCCUGAGACAAAAAAUCAAACUUCUAGGAAGCUUGGUCUCUCUGGAAAUGGGAAAGAUUUUUGUGGAGGGUGUUGGGGAAGUGCAGGAGUAUGUUGAUGUCUGCGACUAUGCUGUUGGUUUGUCCCGAAUGAUUGGUGGACCUAUUUUGCCUUCAGAAAGACCCGGCCAUGCCCUUAUAGAGCAGUGGAAUCCUGUUGGGUUAGUAGGAAUCAUCACGGCCUUUAACUUCCCUGUAGCGGUUUAUGGGUGGAACAGCGCAAUUGCGAUGAUCUGUGGAAACGCUUGCCUCUGGAAAGGUGCUCCUACAACAUCCCUCAUUAGUGUUGCUGUUACAAAGAUAAUUGCCAAAGUCUUGGAGGAUAACAAAGUGCCUGGAGCAAUCUGUUCUCUGGUUUGUGGUGGAGCAGACAUUGGGAUGGCAAUGGCGAAAGAUGAGAGAAUGGAUCUGUUGUCCUUCACUGGCAGCACAAAAGUGGGCAAGCAGGUAGCACUUACGGUUCAGGAGAGAUUUGGUCGAAGUCUUCUGGAACUGGGAGGAAAUAAUGCCAUUAUUGUGUUUGAAGAUGCAGAUCUGAACCUGGUCAUCCCAUCUGCUCUGUUUGCUGCUGUGGGAACCGCAGGUCAGAGGUGCACAACUGCUAGACGGCUGUUCCUCCAUGAAAGUGUCCAUGAUGAGGUGGUGGCAAAGCUUGCGAAGGCCUAUGUCCAGGUCCGCGUCGGUGAUCCUUGGGACUCUGACACUCUGUAUGGACCUCUUCAUACCAAAGAAGCAGUGAAAAUGUUCCUUGAUGCAGUAGAACAAGCAAAACAACAGGGUGGCUCUGUGGUCUAUGGUGGAAAGGUUAUAAAUCGCCCUGGAAACUACGUUGAACCCACCAUUGUGACUGGCCUUCCUCACAACGCACCCAUUGUCCACACUGAGACAUUUGCCCCCAUACUGUAUGUGCUGAAAUUUAAGGAGGAAGAGGAGGUUUUUGCCUGGAAUAAUGAAGUAAAGCAAGGUCUUUCCAGCAGUAUCUUUACCAAGGAUUUGGGGAGGAUUUUCCGCUGGCUUGGGCCAAAGGGAUCUGACUGUGGCAUUGUGAAUGUCAACAUCCCAACUAGCGGGGCUGAGAUUGGAGGUGCUUUUGGUGGUGAAAAGCACACUGGUGGUGGAAGAGAAUCUGGAAGUGAUUCAUGGAAACUUUAUAUGAGACGGUCUACUUGCACAAUCAACUACAGCAAGGAUUUACCUUUGGCUCAAGGAAUCAAGUUUCAGUAACAGCCUUAUGAACAGCUGUGCCAUGAACUCUCCUUGCAUUUCAGAACCAUGCUCCUUCUGAGCCUCAUGGUGAAGAAAAUCGAUUAUCUGAAAUUUACCUGUAGCAAGGAUACUAAUUCUGUCAAAAAAUCGGCUACUGUUAAAGUUGCUUCACUUUCAACGUAUGAAAUUACUACUUCAGUCCUCAAAGGAGAAUUAGGUGGUCUUUGGGAAGAAG